GACAGUGAGCAGACACCACCAUGGACUGGGAGAGGAAGUAAAAGUGUAGUCAGGCUGUGCAGUUCUGUCCUCAGACAGAUAUAUUCCAAAAUCCAAUUCGUAACCGUGUUGCACAAGGAGAGGCUGCCAGUGACAUGCUUGGAGGAGUGCCUAGCCAAUAAUGUGAGACUGGAUGUGAGAGCUGGAUCCUGCUCUUUAAUACUGUGCACUGCUGUCAAACAGCUGCUGGCGAGGGGCUGGUAGAACUGAAAUAAUCCUGGGUGCAAAUAGAUGUGGAAUUAGCCUAGGAAAGACCCAGACAACUGACUUUACAGCACAUCUUUUUACUUAAUUACAAUACUUGACUAUUCUCUUCAAAGCUCAUCUGCAAAAAGAAAACAAAAACUAGAUAAAGUUGGAACACCACUGAAAAAACAUCACUGUCUUUUUUUCUGGAUGAAAUACAUUUUAUUAGCUGCAGAGAAAAAGGAUAUUAUGCAUUUAAGUUCUGCAUGGGAUCUGGGAAGAAAAAUGAAUUGCCUGGGAGUCAGAGCCUGAGAUAACGGUCACAGAACUCUCUGACCAUCCGCCCAGACCCCUAAAUCUGGCUAUGGUGAAGAAUGAAUAUACAAGUUAAAUAAAUCAUCUUUGAGAUUCUGAAGCACAAUGAUGGAGCUUCAUAUCUUCUCACUCCUCAUGGUAAAGUGUCUGCUGCACCUGAUAUUGUGUGACAAAGAAAUACUACGAGCUACAGACGCAUUAAAGUGGGAAGACAAGGCUGCCUUGGAGAACUUUAAGAGCAAUAUUGCCCAUGCCCGACUUCACAAUCCACUCCGUUUAUUUGUUAAACAGUCAGCUUUACAAAGACAACCUCAACUCUCUUAUUUCGAUACCACAGAACACUUUUGGAAUUGGCUCUCCAAUAUUACCGAUAACCAAGAGACCCUAGUACGAACUAAACGACGGCCCAUCGUAAAAACGGGUAAAUUCAAAAAGAUGUUCGGCUGGGGAGAUUUUCAUUCAAAUAUUAAGACCGUCAAGUUGAACCUGCUCAUCACAGGCAAAAUUGUUGAUCACGGAAAUGGGACUUUCAGUGUUUAUUUUCGCCAUAAUUCAACAGGACUGGGGAAUGUCUCGGUCAGUCUUGUUCCACCUUCCAAAGUGGUGGAGUUUGAAACUUCUGCUCAGUCAACUCUGGAGAACAAGGAUUCCAAGUCGUUUAAUUGCAGGAUUGAGUACGAGAAAACAGACAGGGCGAAGAAGACAGCAUUGUGCAACUUUGAUCCUGCUAAGAUCUGUUACCAGGAGCAAACCCAGAGCCAUGUGUCUUGGUUGUGUUCAAAACCCUUCAAAGUCAUUUGCAUCUAUAUUGCUUUUUUCAGCGUAGACUAUAAACUGGUGCAAAAAGUUUGCCCUGAUUAUAAUUAUCAUAGUGAGACUCCAUAUUUGUCCUCUGGUUGAAAAACAACUAUAAGUUAAACUACAGUACUCCUUGAAUGAUUGGCAGGGAAAUUCUAUAAAAGAUAUUUUACGCUUCUUUAAUGAACAAUGUUUCUUUAUCAGGUGGAAAAAAAGUAAUUGUUACAGUGUUAGAAUUGCAUAAUAUGUUUUGGUUUAAUAAUGUUCAAUUCUUUCUGUGAUUUUCAAGUUAUGAGGAUGAUACAAUUCAGGGAGUGCCGAGGAGUUUGCAUGACAUGAGCAAAAAUCUUGGGAAUCUUGAGAAUUUAACCAAGCUUUUUCCUUGAACGUAUGAAGAGAUACUGUAUAAUGCCAGGUUGCCAGACAGGAACAGGUAAAUAUCCCAAUGUUCACUAUAAUUAGAUUACAUUUUGAUGCCUAAAACUUUGGGGGAUGAAACGGUAUUGAUUUUGUUUUGAACUAUAGAUGGGGCUAUUUACUUAAAAUGAACACAUGUGCAGUGCAGUAACCCAUCGCGACUUAUCAGCAAUUAGCUUUGACUGAGUUAGUAAAAUAUAGAUGAUAUGGACCAAUAAUGAUCCAGACUUGUAAUUGGUAAUGUGAUAUAGUGAAUGAAAGUUUGCAGGCUAUGUAUGGAUUAGUUUAUUUCUGCAUUCCUUUCUGCAACAAGAUGGUUGUGAUGAUGGAACAAGUAAACCUUGUGUCUUUUCAGGAGCAGAACAGAGAAAUGUAAUGGACAUUUCUUCUAAUGUUAGGCUAGACACAAAAAAACGACUUUAGAUAUGGUGGGUAGGCAAAACUAAGAUUACAUGUACAAGAGCGAUAUAUAGAGAUGAGAUUAUGGGUCUAUCUUUUUAGGAGUACCUGACUUUACAAAAUGAAUAGCACUCUUCAGACCUGAAACCUGUACCAACUAAAAUAUAGCGUACAACCUUAAUCUAACAAACAGCCCAAAUACACAUAAAGGUGUAGGCAGUAUUGAAUCUGAUCAAGCCACAAAUGCAAUAAAAUGCAAGCCGUAUAUGAAUUUAUUUGAAGAAAAAAAAAAAAACAACAACACAUUUACAACUGCAAUGUCCCCUUCUUUUCACCACUUAUUCCAAAAAGAGUAUGACGUUAGCAGUGUUUUUUAAGAAAAAAAAGUAAAAAGACAGUAAAUGAGGAAGGAGGGCCUAAGGGCAUAAUAGGCAUAUAAUAUGAUUAUUUGAAAAAUAUUGUUAAGUUGGCCUUAGGUUUAAAGUUCAUUGUUCUUCAGCAUAUAUAUUUAUUAAAACAAGAAUCUGAGACUGGUCGCCAGAAGAAAAAAAAAAAAAGACAUCCCACGAACCUUAGCCAGAUUAUAGAUAGCCAUUUGAGCUGAUAUUAAGUGGCAAGUACACAUGUACUAACAUUUACAAAAAUAAUAUAAAAACAUCUGUUAGUACACGUGUUUUAUAGCCCCUGUAACCCAUUAGCAAUAUAGAUUAAUUUUCAUUGAUUUUAAAAUUGAUAAAAAUCUAGCACUUAGUACACUUCACAUUUUUUAAACUGACUUUUAAACCUAAAACACAAGUUACUUUGCAUGAAAUAUGUUUGUAACACUCACAAUAUUUUUAAAAAAGUGUCUGAAAUUUAUCACGAGAAGUUAAUUGAGAAAGGGUGGACAUGUUUUUUUCCUAUGCACACCACCUGUAUGUCUGGAGAACAGUACUCUGCUUUUUUUUUUUCAAUGUACAGUAUGUUCUUGUAUGAUUUCAUUGUUUGGCCAAUUGUAUCUUUUACUGUACAGAACUGAAGAAUAUGUUGUAAAAAAUAUAAUGAUAAUAACAAACAAAUGAGAGGUGGAUAUUUAGAGUUUAUACUGACUAACUACAUAUUUAAGGACACAAGUUUAGAAAAAAAAUAUAGUAGCUAUUUAAAAAACUUUAGUCUGAAAAGGUCUCCACUUCACACUAUGGGCCUGAUUCAAAGAUGGGAGCUGCUGUGUCUGCUCUUGUUUCUGUUGUCGGAGUCACCACUGAGAUGAUAUGCAGAUGCUAUCAACCCUUUCCCUGGUGUCAUUACCUGCUUCCCAAUGUGCAAGGACUGAGACACGCACAUUCAGUGUCACUGCACACUGUAAUAAUGCCAAGGUUGCUUUAGAUGUCACCAUCGGUGUGGUUUCUCCGACUAUCUCUGGCCUACUGUGGUUCUGGCUGUGCAUCUGGGAAUGCUGUAGCUUGCAUUGGCAUGACCACAACACUCCCAUUACAUGCCCAUUAAACUGAUAAUUUUUGCAUUUAAUUCUAGCUACCUUCUAGUCACCACCUAGGAAAACCCAUCACUUUUCCACACCAUUUCUGAUUAACAAAUAAGCAAAAAGCUUUCCAGUAUAUACUUUGUUUCAACAACUAAUUGAAAGGCUUGUACACAAAUGUAUGCUCCCCAUGGUGAACCACUAAAGUAUAAAAAUAAAGCUCUCAAUUGCACCACUGAAUUCACAAUAAAGUGUACUUGUCACAUAUCCUACAUGAUAGAAGGCUAACACUGCUCUUCACCUCUGUGGUGCACUAGCAGCCACUUAGAUGGCGCCCAACAGAGCAAUUGAUGUGUUGCUCCAUUCAGGCGCACACACACACACACACACACACACACACACACACACACCAGCAUAACCGCGCUCUGGCUCUCAGAAGUUCUAGUAACUAGUGUAGUUUGUACAGGCUGGUAACUAGUGUACAGUAUAGAAGCCGAUUCUGGCCUGCACCCAAAAUCAACAAUAAUUCAGCCUAUUACUUGGCAAAAUCAACCUGGUUUUGCCCCUUUAAAAAAAAAUCUCACUUCUUGAUUCUCACACCUUAUUACGUUCCCCUCAAUGAGGCUAACAUAAAUAUGAGCCCACUUAUGCAGGUUUAUUGAAAAACCAUAAAAACACACAACUUCUACUUCCAGUAUACUUCCUUCAUUAAUUUAUACCUUUAAGUUUUUCUCCUAAAAUACUGUUUGAAUUAGUUUCAUAUACAGUAUGUAGAUAACAAUCAUGUGUUACAGGGUACACCAUAUCUGUCACAAACCUCUGUUUAAAGGAUCUUAUUAUAUUGGUCAAAAACUCAAAAUGCACCUAUAAAUGGGUCUAUGGGGGUUAUUCAGAGUUGUUAGCAAAGCAAAAAAGUUAGCAAUUGGACAAAACCAUGUUGCACUGCAGGUGGGGCAGAUGUAACAUGUGCAGAGAGAGUUAGAUUUGGGUGGGGUGUGUUCAAAAUGAAAUCUAAAUUGCAGUGUAAAAAUAAAUCAGCCAUUAUUUACCCUGCACAGAACCAACAUAACCCACCCAAAUGUAUCUCUCUCUGCACAUGUUACAAAUGUGUCCACAUACACCUUUUAUUUAUCCAGCCAUGUAUGGCAUGGCUUGGAAUGUCAUAGACUAUGAGAUUUAGCCAUGCUUUGUGAUUUUUCUUAAUUUGCUUCUUUAAUAUGCUACUUUAUACAAAAUAAAAAAAUACUACUUUAUACAAAAAUGUUAAAAAAAAUUCACUCGCUACUCUUAGAAAAAAGCUUAGCCGUGCUAUGCAUGGUGUGCCAAAUUGAGCAAAAUAGAAAAGGUGUAUAUGGACUCAUAUGUACAUCUGCCCUACCUGCUGUGCAACAUGGUUUUGCCCAAUUGCUCAUUGUUUUGGUUUUCUAACAACCCUGAAUAACCCCCAAAGUCCUUUCCCACUGGAAGGUGCACAAUAAUUUCCAUUGUGUGGGACAGGGAUUAUAUCACUUCAGAGCAGUUGGAAAAAUCAGUCUCUUGGGAUGCAGAAAUGUUUUGUGUACCCACAGAUAGAGCUGGCAAUAACUCAAAAUACACUGACUCAUACAUUUAAUCCUAUCCCGCAACAUGAAAUCUAACUUUUCCGCUUGUGCACGUUGAUCCACACUUUGGUAGGAAGUUAGAACUAUCCCAUAAUGAAUCACCUUCCCCUUUUGGAAAUGCACACUUUUACACCCCUAAACAUGCUGCCAUUUUGCCUGCAUAUCCUUUUAGUUCUCCAAAAGGUGGGCACAUAUUGGGCAAAGGUAGACAUAUGAUUUGGAAUGUGGCAUAAAUAAGCUUAAACUAGGAUUGACAUUUUUGGGGCUCAGCCAAGUCUCUUGAGAAUGUAUCUAGUCAAUACACUAGGAACCAGUGCCAUCACCAUGAAUAACAGAUCUGCCUAACUUUGUGUAAGACGUACUGUAGAUGCACAUUAAAACUUAAUGGAAUAGGCAGGGGCCCAUGCUUGACAGGCAGGUAUAGCCAUGCAACCAGGAAGGUGUGUCCAGCUUCUUUAGAGGACACAUGACAGUGAGUGGCCAUAUUGCCAUGCUUAAAACCCCCUCAGUGUCAGGACCUAGCCAAUCAUGGUCUUUAAAGCACAUUCAACUGAGAAUAGCAAGAAAUUGGGAGCUUCAUAUUGUACAAGCAGUUUCCCUACAGUAGCAGCGUGUCCAAGCCGUAUGAGGAGUGGGGCCUGAUUCAGAGGUGUACGUACUGCCAAUGUUAACAUAGUGGAGCAUUAUUUCUUGCUACUGUGAAUGGCAAAGUUGCACCAGUUGUGUCUGUACAGAGCUGCAGUUGUAAUUUCAGGCAGGGCCGGAUUAACAAUGGGGAGGAUGGAGCUGCAGCUCCAGGCCCCCCAUUGAAAAUAGGCCCACAGCGUCUCUUCAAUGCAGCCAGCCAGUGCUGACAGGAGAAAAUACUUUUCUCCUGUCAUCACUGAUCACUCAGCAACAGGAAAAUGCCUUCAUCCUGGCCAAAUCUCCCCCUAUCACCUCCGAACCUCCCGCGCCCCGCAGCUGUGCACAGCCAGUCCCCUCCCCUGGGUUGCCUAACAAACUUGCCUGAAGCCCUGCACUGAAAGCAAGGCAGAUCAGAGUCGGACCCCGCGACGUGAUAAGCUCCGCCCACAACGGCAAUAAGCUCCGCCUCCUGGGUAGCCUGCAGCCGUGUUUUCUCACAUUGCCUGAAGCUCUGCCCCCAUGCUAUCUAAACACUCUGCCCCUCGGCUGCUCCACUCCUUUUACAUUGAGGCUGGAGCCACCCCUGCCUUCCCCUGGGAAGCCAGAAGCCCCGCCCAUUGCCUGAUUAGCUCCGCCCCCUGGAAGUUAGCAAUGUGUCCCCUUGAGUAUAUCAGAACUACAACUUAGUGCUGCUCCUUCAGCUGUUGUCAGUCCUGGUCCUUCUACUUCUCUGUUGCUGCAUACAGUUGUGUGGACUUGGAGAAGUAUUCUGCAGCUGUUAUCUGUCACUGGCUACAGAGCGAGGUACCUAAUUACAAUAUUUAGUACUGGGCACUAUAGAGGCAUGGUUAGAGGCAGAGGCAUAACAAGGGCAGGGCGAGCAGGGCCCGUGACAGACUCAGCAGAGGGAGGGCAGCACCGCCGGCCAGAGCAGUGUAUAUAUGGCGGAGUGGAAUGCUGCAGGCUGUUUGUUUACAUAAUGUAUUACUGUAUGUACUCUGCCACCCAGUGCUCACGAGCAUCCGGGGUUGCCUGUGGGGUAUGGAUAGAUGCCACUGAACUAAUGGGAGUAGGGCUUUCCAUAAGGAGGCAGGAUGUAGCCCCCUCCCAGCCAGUAGAAGCCAGGUGGGGCUGAAUUCAAGUAGCGGAACUUCGGAGACAGCGUAUUGGGUGGGCACUCAGACACCAGGGAAGUUGCAUACUAGUGUCUGCAUAGUGGACGUGGGCUGGUGCUAGAUUGGGGCUUAAUGGGUAGUGGCUUGACAUACGCUCCAUACUUGCACAGUACAGUGGUGCAGGAAGGUAGCGCAGUACGGUCAUGCAGGAAGGUAGUGCAGUGCCAGCGGCCGGGCUCCCGGCGACCAGCAUACCGACAGCAUGGCAAGCGCAAAUGAGCCCCUUGCGGGCUCGCUGCGCUCGCCACGCUGCGGGCACGGUGGCUAUCUAUUCUCCCUCCAGGGGGCUCGUGGACCCCCACGAGGGAGAAAAAGUGUCAGUAUGCCAGCUGUCGGGAUUCCGGCGCCAGUAUACUGUGCGCCGGGAUCCCAACAGUCGGCAACCUGAAGACCACCCGCGCAGUACGGUGGUGCAGGAAGGUAGCGCAGUACUUUGGUGCAGGAAGGUAGAGCAGCAUGGUGGUGCAGGAAGGUAGCGCAGUACUUUGGUGCAGGAAGGUAGAGCAGCAUGGUGGUGCAGGAAGGUAGCGCAGUACUUUGGUGCAGGAAGGUAGAGCAGCACGGAGGUGCAGGAAGGUAGCCCAGUACUUUGGUGCAGGAAGGUAGCGCAGUAUGGUGGUGCAGGAAGGUAGCGCAGUACGGUGGUGCAGUAAGGUAGCGCAGUACGGUGGUGCAGGAAGGUAGCGCAGUACGGUGGUGCAGGAAGGUAGAGCAGCAUGGUGGUGCAGGAAGGUAGCGCAGCACUUUGGUGCAGGAAGGUAGCGCAGUACGGUGGUGCAGGAAGGUAGCGCAGUACGGUGGUGCAGGAAGGUAGGGCAGUACGGUAGUGCAGGAAGGUAGCACAGUACGGUGGUGCAGGAAGGUAGCGCAGUACGGUGGUGCAGGAAGGUAGCGCAGUACGGUGGUGCAGGAAGGUAGCGCAGUAUGGUGGUGCAGGAAGGUAGCGCAGUACGGUGGUGCAGGAAGGUAGAGCAGCACGGUGGUGCGGGAAGGUAGCGCAGUGUGGUGGUGCGGGAAGGUAGCGCAGUGUGGUGGUGCGGGAAGGUAGCGCAGUAAUGUGAUGUGGGAAGGUAGCGCAGUAAUGUUGUAUGGGAAGGUAGUGCAGUAAUGUGGUGUGGAAAGGUAGUGCAGUGUGGUGGUGUGGGAAGGUAGCGCAGUAAUAUGGUGUGGGAAGGUAGCGCAGUAAUGUGGUGUGGGAAGGUAGCGCAGUGUGGUGGUGUGGGAAGGUAGCGCAGUGUGGUGGUGUGGGAAGGUAGCGCAAAGUGGUGGUGUGGGAAGGUAGCGCAAAGUGGUGGUGUGGGAAGGUAGCGCAGUAAUGUGAUGUGGAAGAUAACGCAGUGUGGUGGUGUGGGAAUGUAGCGCAGUAAUGUGGUGUGGGAAGGUAGCACAGUAAUGUGAUGUGGGAAGGUAGUGCAGUGUGGUGGUGUGGGAAGGUAGUGC